UCACCAGUUGCACUCCAGCUAGCAAAGCUUAAUAUCGCUCAAAAUUCAGAUUCUCGUCAAUCGAUAAUUAUCAAUUAUUACCAUGCCGCCAAAGACCAGUGGAAAAGCCGUGAAAAAAUCCGGCAAAGCCCAGAAGAACAUUACCAAGUCUGACAAGAAGAAGAGGAAGGAAAGUUACGUUAUCUACAUUUACAAGGUGCUGAAACAGGUCCACCCUGACACCGGUGUUUCCUCCAAGGCCAUGAGCAUCAUAAACAGCUUCGUCAACGAUAUCUUCGAACGUAUCGCUGUUGAAGCUUCCAGACUCGCUCACUACAACAAGCGUUCCACCAUCACUUCACGAGAAAUUCAAACAGCUGUCCGUCUUCUGUUACCCGCUGAAUUGGCCAAACACGCCGCCAAAGGAACCAAAGCCGUCACUAAGUACACCAGCUCUAAAUAAACUUCCUCUCUCUGAAUAAAACUGAACCAAACGGCCCUUUUCAGGGCCACCAAAUUUUUCAACACGUAAAAAUUAAUUCCAAGUUUAAUUAUAAACUAAAUGUACUUGAUAUUUCAAUGGUCAACUUAAAUUGUACUUUGAUUACAAUUCUUUAGAUUAAUUUAUCA